AUGGCCGCACGACGAGGAAGUCGCAUCCUCAAGCCAUUGCUUUAUACAGCUGGUGUUGGAGCAAUUGGCAGCGCAGCACUAUACACCGUAUACCGACCUCGAAACAUUCCUGGCGCAGAAGCAGCGGCAGUUCCCCCACCUACGUAUGGCGAGGGAGGUGUAUUUCGACCGCCGCAUUUCCCCAAUGCGAAGAGUCGAGACGAACAGAUUGCAGACCUAAAGCGUAGCGGCGGUGUCGUUGCCCACGUUGCAGACAAAGCAAAGAGAUGGCUGGGAGGCAGCUCCACAGCAUCACCGGCGGAGACAGAAGACGAGCCUUAUGAUCUGUUGAUCAUCGGUGGUGGUGCUACCGGGACGGGUAUUGCGCUUGACGCUGUCACAAGAGGGUUAAAGGUUGCGCUUGUCGAACGCGAUGACUUUAGUAGUGGCACUAGCAGCAAGAGUACAAAGCUGGUGCACGGAGGUGUGCGAUACCUCGAGAAAGCCGUUUGGAACCUGGAUUACAACCAAUACGCCCUCGUCGUUGAAGCUCUCCGCGAACGCCGUUACUUUUUGGACACUGCCCCGCAUCUGUCACAAUGGCUUCCGAUCAUGAUCCCGCUCCAGAAGUGGUGGCAAGCGCCUUACUUCUGGGCUGGCACAAAGUUCUAUGAUUUCCUCGCUGGCAAAGAGAACAUUGAGAGCUCAUACUUUCUGACCAAGAGCAAGGCCCUGGACGCAUUUCCUAUGUUGAAGAAGGAAGGCCUCGUCGGAGCCUUGGUUUAUUACGAUGGUGCACACAACGAUUCCCGUAUGAACGUUUCACUCGCCAUGACAGCCGCGUUGUACGGUGCGACUGUUGUCAGCCAUCUUGAAGUCACUAGCUUGGAAAAGGAUGCCAACGGUCGUCUCUGCGGUGCGCGCGCGAAGGAUUGCGUUGCUGAAUUGAACGGCAAGAAGGCAGAGGAGUUCACAAUCAAGGCCAAGGGUAUCAUCAACGCUACUGGGCCUUUCACGGACUCGAUCCGCAAGAUGGACGAUCAGACGGUUGAAGAAAUCGUGGCCCCUAGCUCCGGUGUUCACGUCAUUCUUCCUGGAUACUACAGCCCUGCAAACAUGGGUCUCAUCGAUCCGAAUACAUCUGACGGCCGUGUUAUCUUCUUCCUACCAUGGCAAGGCAACACGAUUGCCGGUACUACUGACACAGCCUGCGAUAUCAAGAAGGACCCUGUCGCCGGUGAAGACGAGAUUGACUGGAUCUUGAAGGAAGUCAAACGCUACCUGCAACCGGAUAUCAAUGUCAGACGCGGCGAUGUUCUGGCUGCAUGGUCUGGUAUCCGGCCCCUGGUACGUGAUCCCAAGGCUGGCAAGACCGAAGGUCUUGUUCGAAACCAUCUUGUCACCAGCUCUCCUUCAGGCCUGCUUACCUGCUCCGGUGGCAAAUGGACUACAUACCGCCAGAUGGCCGAAGAAACAGUCGAUGAAGCGAUCAAGGAGUUCGGCUUAGCAACAAAGUCACUCGUAAACCCCACCCUCGUCAGCGGAACUGCCGUCAAAGACGAAGCUCCUCUCGACGGUACCUGCCAAACUCACCGCGUCCGCCUAGUCGGUGCACAUGGCUACUCCAAGACUCUCUUCAUCAACCUAAUCCAGCACUACGGCAUCGAAACUGAUGUUGCCAAGUACCUAUGCCAGGCUUACGGUGACCGCGCUUGGACCGUUGCUGCCCUAUCCGCACCAACGGAGCAGCGCUUCCCCGUUCGCGGUAAGAAGAUCUCCGGCCUGUAUCCCUUUAUUGAUGGUGAAGUGCGGUACUGCGUCCGCCACGAGUACGCACAAACCGCCACCGAUGUUAUCGCACGCCGCAUGCGCCUCGCGUUCCUGAACGCGCAAGCUGCCCUCGAAGCCCUGCCUACUGUUAUCGACAUCAUGGGCGAGGAGCUCAAGUGGGAUGCUAAGCGAAAGGAGAACGAGUGGAAGAACUCUGUUCACUUCCUUGGAUCCAUGGGUCUUCCCAAGAACAAGCUCGCUCUGACCAGGAAGGACGUGGAGAGCGGCCACGUUGGCAAAUACACGGAUGAGGAUUACCACCUUUACGCAAGACAUGGUGAGUCUUCCAAUCCCGAUUCUGACGCUAAGGCUUGUCAGAAUCUAUUCGCGUUUGGGAUUAGGCUGAAUCAAGUUUUUCUAGAUAAACCGGAUGAGCUGCUUGAGACGGAUAGCAAGUUUGCGGCUGGUCAUAACCCUGUGAUGGGCAAUAAUUCAAAGGCCAACAAAUAG